AUGGACUGUGCCUGGUACGUCUAUUCUUCGGGUGAGAUAAUGGAAAGCGAGAUUGCCCCGGAGCGGCUGGAACCGUUGAGGAAGGCUUGCCGAUAUCAAAUAGUGCGGGAUUGCGCAUGCACACGGGAAUAUGACGUUGUACUCGAUCUUAAUGCGACUCGAAGUCCAAGCGCCAAGCCACUCCCGUCCUUCUCGGCGCUGGUUGCAAAACGGGACUCGGGAAGCCGUCUCCAUCCCGAAGAAGGUCGGCGAGAAAUGCUCACGGGUGCCGUGAAAGGACUAGCGCCACACUAA